AUGGAUCCCAACGCGCUUCCGUCCGUUAUCGUCACGGAUAGGGAGUUGGCGCUUACGAAUGCCAUCACAAAUGUUUUCCCUCAUGCUACCAACCUCCUAUGUAGGUGGCAUAUUGGCAACAACAUGUUAGCCAAGGGUAGAAAGAUGUUUGAUGACAAGAUGUGGGAGGAGUUUAUUUGCAGUUGGGGCCUAGUUUUCCUUUCAUCGAGUGUUGCGCAGUACAAGGAGCGCCUUUGUGUUUUGAAGUGUAAUUUUGAAAUGGUUCCUGCAGCACUUGAAUUGAUGCUGUUACAAGUUACUGAAUUCAAAGCUUCGUUUGAGAAGAGCCUUAAUUCUGUGCAACAUGAUUUUAGGACAACUCUAUUUGAUAGGCUAAGGGGAGUUGUUUCGUCGAAUGCCAUGACACUUGUUUUAGCGGUAUCCCAUCAAGUCGAAUGGUUUGUGGAAUCGAAGCGUCAGUGCGAGUGUUCUUUGAGGCACACCCAUGGUUUACCUUGCGCUCAUGAGAUUGCUCCUUACAAGAUGGCAAAUAUCCCCCUACCGAUUGAGUUAAUCCACGACCAUUGGAAGAGGCUUUCUUUGCUUGCAACCCAGAAUGAGGGUUCGAUGGAGGAGACGCUUUUGGCUUACUUUGAUUGUUUUUACAACAAGUUCUUGAAUGAAGAUCAAUAUGAUGUAAAGCUCAAUUAUGUUAAGAAGAUGCAAGAGCUUGCUCAUCCGAAAAUCAGUAUUCUCGUUGAACCCAAAUUCUCGGAACCAAUAAGACCUUACAUAGAAUCGGUCAAGGAUGUUGAAGAUGAUGGGAAUUGUGGGUUUUGGGCAGUGUCGGGCUUCAUGAAAGGCGAUGUUCAUGAGUGGUUAAUGGUAAUAAGUGAUUUGCUGAAAGAGUUGGAAACCCAUUUACACCUUUACGAACAAGUGGAACAUUGGAUGACAAUGCCAGACAUGGGUCACAUCAUAGCAUCUGCUUAUAAUUGUGUCCUUGUCUAUUUAUCAAAUGUUCAAUGUCUUACAUUCCUCCCCCUCCAAUCGAAGCCUUUACCCUCUAUGAAACGAAAGGUUAUUGCUAUCGGGUUUGUUGACGGCGGAAACUUUGUACAGGAUGCAGCACAUGUUGCGGCCAUUCAGAAGUUCAACGAGAUCAUCGGCGUUGACGUAGCAACAAAGGAGUGGAUUAUCUGGAGUACGAAAUGGGUUUUUGGAGCGAAGUUCUUCCUUGUCAAACAUGCUGACAAGAGUAUUCAAUGA